UUUUAUUUAAACACCUCAAAACCGACUUAAAGUGGAAACAUUUCCUAGUUUGUGUGAUUGAUUCUGACGAUCGCUUUCUACAUCUUUUCCUCUUAUUUCUCUCCUUCACCACUACAAGUUAAAUAGAAAAUAUUUGAAUUAGAGGUAUCGGAAUGACUUCCAAUACCACAUCUGGAAAUGUUUGCCCGCCGCCGAUGCAGCCAGCGUCUAAUGGUGUAUUUCAGGGAGAUCACCCUCUUGAUUAUGCACUUCCCUUGGCUAUUUUACAGAUAUGUCUUGUUCUUGUGGUCACAAGGGGACUGGCCUAUCUUCUAAAUCCUUUAAGGCAACCUCGAGUUAUUGCAGAGAUUGUUGGAGGAAUACUACUUGGGCCGUCAGCGCUUGGACGGAAUAAAGGCUAUCUACAUGCAGUUUUCCCACCCAAGAGUCUUCCAGUAUUAGAUACUCUAGCAAACCUUGGCCUUAUAUUCUUUCUAUUUUUAGCAGGCAUAGAGUUGGAUCCUAAAUCUCUGCGGAAAACUGGAGGUAGAGUCCUUGCCAUUGCUAUUGCCGGAAUAAGCUUACCGUUUGCACUAGGAAUUGGUUCAUCAUUUGUUCUACAAAGAACAAUUGCCAAAGGCGUAAAUACUUCCGCAUUUCUCGUAUAUAUGGGGGUCGCUCUGUCUAUAACUGCUUUUCCUGUAUUAGCCCGUAUUUUGGCUGAGUUAAAACUUCUAACCACUAGUGUUGGAAGAAUGGCUAUGUCGGCUGCAGCAGUUAAUGAUGUAGCAGCCUGGAUUCUUCUUGCUCUUGCCGUUGCCUUAUCAGGCAAUAGCCAAUCUCCAUUUGUGUCAUUGUGGGUCUUCUUAAGUGGGUGUGGUUUUGUCGUAUGUUCGAUCCUCAUUGUCCUUCCAAUCUUCAAAUGGAUGGCCCAACAAUGUCACGAAGGUGAGCCGGUUGAUGAGUUAUACAUAUGUGCUACAUUGGCUGCUGUUCUGGCUGCCGGGUUUGUCACGGAUGCUAUUGGAAUUCAUGCCAUGUUUGGCGCGUUUGUUUUUGGAAUUUUGGUUCCAAAAGAUGGAGCGUUUGCCGGUGCUCUUGUGGAGAAAAUAGAGGAUCUUGUGUCUGGUCUAUUACUCCCACUCUAUUUUGUGUCUAGUGGAUUGAAGACCGACAUAGCUACCAUUCAGGGGCUGCAGUCAUGGGGUCUUCUAGUUUUCGUUACAUUUACGGCUUGUUUUGGGAAGAUUGUUGGGACUAUUGUUGUGUCUCUUAUAUGUAAAGUACCUUUCAACGAGUCUUUAGUGCUUGGAUUCUUGAUGAAUAGUAAAGGCUUGGUUGAAUUAAUUGUCCUCAACAUUGGUAAAGAUAGAAAGGUUUUGAAUGAUCAGACCUUCGCCAUUAUGGUUCUUAUGGCUCUCAUUACUACCUUCAUGACCACUCCUUUUGUGUUAGCUGCGUAUAAGAGGAAGGAAAGAAAAUCUAAUUACAAAUACAGAACAAUUGAAAGGAAAAAUGCAGACGGGCAACUAAGGAUUCUUGCCUGUUUCCAUGGUUCAAGGAAUAUUCCAUCAUUGAUAAACUUGAUCGAGGCUUCAAGAGGAAUCAAGAAGCAUGACGCACUUUGUGUCUAUGCAAUGCACCUUAAAGAAUUUUGUGAGAGGUCCUCAUCGAUACUAAUGGCACAAAAGGUAAGACAAAAUGGGUUGCCGUUUUGGGAUAAAGGUCGCCAUGGAGAUUCUCUCCAUGUUAUUGUGGCGUUCGAGGCUUACCAAAAACUAAGCCAAGUGUUUGUCCGGCCAAUGAUAGCAAUUUCAUCGAUGGCGAACAUUCAUGAAGACAUCUGUACAACUGCUGAUAGAAAGAGAGCCGCAGUCAUCAUUCUUCCAUUUCAUAAGCAACAAAGAGUAGACGGUUCACUAGACAUUAUAAGAAACGAUUUUCGUUUGGUUAACAAAAGGGUACUAGAGCAUGCACCGUGCUCAGUUGGAAUUUUUGUUGAUCGUGGGCUUGGUGGUUCAUGUCAUGUGUCUGCAAGUAACGUUUCCUAUUGCAUUGCUGUGCUUUUCUUUGGUGGUGGUGAUGACCGUGAAGCUCUUGCUUAUGGAGCUCGUAUGGCCGAACACCCUGGCAUACAAUUAGUGGUUAUUCACUUCUUAGUGGAACCUAAUAUUGCAGGGAAGAUCACCAAAGUUGACGUUGGAGACUCUUCUAGCAAUAAUUCAAUAUCAGAUUCUGAAGAUGGCGAGUUUCUUGCUGAAUUUAAGCUGAAAACAGCCAAUGAUGACUCAAUUAUCUAUGAAGAAAGAAUAGUUAAAGAUGCUGAAGAAACAGUUGCUACCAUUCGCGAGAUUAAUUUCUGCAACCUAUUUCUUGUGGGUCGAAGGCCAGCCGGUGAAUUGGGCUUUGCUCUUGAAAGAAGCGAGUGCCCAGAAUUAGGACCUGUUGGUGGCUUGUUGGCAUCACAAGAUUUCCGCACAACAGCAUCUGUUUUGGUGAUGCAACAGUAUCACAAUGGGGUGCCAAUAAACUUUGUCCCAGAAAUGGAGGAACAUUCACGUGAUGGAGACACGGAAUCUUCUUAACUGCUCUGUUUUUACAUUGUCCCGAAUCGCGCAUGGGGUGGAUGGUGCUACAUAAGGGUUUGGAAUAAGUGUUCUAACCUGCAUUGUACCCAAUUCGACAUAAAUAAGAAAGUUUAUUUGACUUAAAUUUGUUAGGUUUACAACAAAUUUAUCUAUGAAUUGAAUAUAAAUAAUCAAAGAUUUUGUUGUUAUGAUUAUCAUAUUUAAUUUUCA